AUGGCUUUCAUCGCCACCACGGUUGGUGCCAGCACUGUCACCACAGUGGAUUGCCAGAAACAAGUAAGAUCAUGGAGGCUGCUACGUUCCCUCAUGGAGCUUCUAAUUCCCACCUGCAACUGCACCUUCUUCCUUGAAGAGCAAGACCAAUCCCAAAAGUGUCCACCACAAAAUCUCACGACUUGUGCCACAAUCACUGGCACUAUCUUUGGAUACCGCAAAGGAAAGGUUAGUUUCUGCAUCCAGACUAAUGCCAACUCAAGCAACCCGAUUCUGCUGCUAGAGUUGGUGGUUCCCACGAGCGUUUUGGCUAAGGAAAUGAGAGGGGGCACACUCAGAAUUGUGCUAGAGAGUUCAUGCAACGACAACAAAAACCAUAACCUUUUCUCCACACCUCUUUGGAGCAUGUACUGCAAUGGGAGGAAAGUGGGAUAUGCUGUUAAGCGUAGGCCUUCAAAUGGUGACUUUGAAGCACUGAGCUUGAUGAGUUCUGUUGCGGUAGGGACUGGUGUUAUAAACAGUUGCAAGGACCUGCAGCAUCAAGAAGACGAGCUUAUGUACCUUCGAGCCAACUUUCAAAGGGUUCGUGGCUCCUCCAGUUCUGAGUCUUUUCAUUUGAUUGACCCUGAAGGAAGCAUUGGUCAAGAGCUUAGUAUUUUCUUUUUCAGGUCUAAGUGA